CUCGUGGCAGUUUCUUGCACAGACUUCUCAUUAAGGGACUGGACUCGUUUGACGGCAAAUAAAUGAAAGCAAUAGGGAGACAGCUGAUCGAGAGGCUUACUUUGGAGCUGCUCAUGACUUGAUGCCUCCAUGAGCUGCAGUGUAGAGUUUGGACACAGUUACUUGUGGUCUUCCAGUGCAUCAUGACAUCGAAGUUUUCAACCUUCUUAAUCAAAGACAUUCUCACCGGCCUGGAGGCUCCCUGUGGGAAUCCCGGCAGCACAGCUGCAGAGGAGCUUUGCGCACUUGCGCGCAAUUUGCGCGCGGGCUUUGAUAGCGCCAUUCAGAAAAGACUUUCUCCUGGCAAACGCGUAUCUGAAAGUCACCGAUCCGGCACCGGCAGGAACGAAGGAAGGGCUGCGACUCAGUUCAGAGAAUGUACCGCAGAGCGUGCAGGCAUGCAGUAUGUGGAGCAGAACAAGCGGCAAAGGAACCAGGCGGAAGCAGGAAUGAAGGGCUUUCACCAUCACUACCACCACGGCGGGGAGACAUCCAGCUGUUCCCCCGAGGAGCGCCACUGCGCCGCCGCGAAGAAGCGCUCCAGAGCGGCUUUCUCCCACGAGCAGGUCCACGAGCUGGAGCGCCGCUUCAGCGCCCAGAGGUACCUCUCUGGUCCCGAGCGGGCAGACCUGGCAUGCGCCUUGAAACUCACGGAGACACAGGUGAAAAUCUGGUUCCAGAACCGGAGAUACAAAACGAAACGGCGCCAGCUGGCCACUGACCUGGCGACGCUCGGCUCACCAAAGACCGUGGCGGUUAAAGUGCUGGUGAGAAACGACCAAAAGCAGUGGAUUCCGGGCAGUGGAGCCCAUCUUCCCGCCACUGUGCCACUGUACCACGGCUAUCAGUACCAGCAGCCCUACCUACACCAAUGCUACCAGCCCUACAGCACUGACAGGAAUAAUGUCUUCGAGACGCCGGUUGAUUUAAGUGCAGCUUCCCCACACAAUGGCCCGUCCAAGGCCACUGACCUACAUGAAUGGAUUUAGAGCUCGCGCGACACAGUGGGAGCGUCAAGUCUGUCACAAAAAGACCAAAACUGUGACUAAUUAUUAAUCAGAACCUUUAACCUGGAUAUUUUAUGGGUGUAUGUGGUGCAGCGGCGUGCGUUCCUGUUGUUUCCGUGCCGACCCCUCUGCGGACGCAGGUCAAGUCUCAGGACAGGCAGGUGUCGCGGCUGAUGCCUCUAUUUAAAGACGGAGCUGCAUCCUUUUGACCCUCACUUACAUGCACACACACGCACACGUUACGAAUAAUCCCACCCAGACAACUCUCCAGGCUAGUCCUAGAAACUAUUAGCAGAUAGCAUCAGCGAAUGCAGGAAUGUAAACAUUUACAGUAAAGCUAAAAGACAUCGACUCCCCCUGGGGGAGACACAUCCAUCACACAGCAGCCACAUCAGCACUUAUAAGCUCUCCUGCUUUCCAAAGGAAUCAAACAUCCCUCCUUUCUGCACAAUUUGAUAGGAUUUCAUGUAAUCAGCGCAUAUUGUUCUGUUUGACAUGUCGGUGAAAAUGCCGUCUUGCAACAGAGCUGCCGUGAAAAAAAAAAAAGUAUUAUUACGGUAAUUAGAAUACUUUCGUACCAGUGAAAUAAAAUAUGACGCUGAGAACUAGCUGGUGACUGUGAUGUCUGUUUAACAAUUGUGCUGUUUACAUUUUCAAGCAGAGGUGUAGUUAAGAUGCUUCAGAACUAAGCGGGUAAAUAACUGCAGUGGUCUUGUCUCUCUGUUUGUGAGAGCAGGGGGAGAACGCGUGGACAUUGACAGAAUCAGAAAGCCAAAGAGAUGAUCCAGCCCUCAACAAAUAAGAGAAAAACAGCAGAAGUAAUGUGGAUGAGCCUGAGGCCUCAAAAUGUAAAAUGCAUUGAACGAGUUCAUGGAGGAGGGAGGAAAUGGGGUCCUGGUUGUUGACAAAUGUUCCUUUACUGAACUUUAAUUUUUAGAUGAAGGUGUACAUCAACUAUCUUUUUUUAUUAUUAUUAUUUUCUGAAAAUGUUCACACCCAUUUUCUUUUUUUUUCUUUUUUCUUUUUCUUUACAUUUAUUACAUUGUAAACAUAAAUUUGAAUGUUUAUUGUUUUUAUAAGAGCAACAACCAUAUGAUAUUACAUAAUUGUGAAAUGGUAUGAAAUAUUUUUUGGAAAGGUUUACAAAUAAACAUGAG